AUGGAGGCCCACCGGGACUCCCCCCCACUUGAGCUGGCCGGUACCAUGCCUUGGGCAUUCCCCUACAACUACACCUUCAAUGCGCCGUCCCGGAACCGGCAGGACCGCCCCCGGCGAGAGAGCACUGCCAAUGAGGACGGCUACAACUGGAGAAAGUAUGGGGAGAAGCACGUGAAGGGCAGCUCCUGCCCCCGCUCCUACUACAAGUGCAGCUUCCCAGGGUGCCAGGUGAAGAAGAUCAUAGAGCGCAACCUGAAGACCGGCUUCGUCUCCGUCUGCCUCAGCAAGCCUCCGGACCGACACCCCGGCCGGCGCGCGGUGGGGCGGGGUGGUCGAGGGCUUCGCCGGCGCCUGGUGGGCCUGCCCCUGGCCCCCGGCCUGCACACGCACGGCUGCGGUGGCGGCGCCGGCGACCCCGCGUCACUGGACCCCCCGCACGGCAUGCGCGCCGGCGCGCACGAGGACGCCGCCGUCGACGGCGCCACCUCCUCCGACGACCUGGCCGACGACUCGGCGCUGGAGGACGAGGUGGGCUCCGACGACUCGGCCGCCUCGCUGGGCCGGCUGUGGGAGAGCCCGCCCCGCCGCUUCCGCUGCGAGACCCCCCUGGUGGUGGAGCUGGAGACGGACGCCGACAACCUGGACGACGGGUACCGCUGGCGCAAGUAUGGGCAGAAGAUGGUCAAGGGCAACCCGCACCCGCGCUCCUACUACAAGUGCACGCACCCCGGGUGCUGCGUGCGCAAGCAGCUCGACUGCAUGCUCCAGUGA